CCGGCCGGUCGGCCGCGGCCUGUCAGGGCCGCUCCUUAUCGCCGCUGCUUUCUCCCCCAGGCCUUCACCGAGCUGCAGGCCAAGGUGAUAGACACUCAGCAGAAAGUGAAGCUGGCCGACAUCCAGAUCGAGCAGCUGAGCAAGACGAAGAAGCACGCCCACCUCACCGACACGGAGGUCAUGAUGCUGGUGGACGAGACCCGCAUGUACGAGGGUGUGGGGAGGAUGUUUAUUCUUCAGUCUAAAGGAGUGAUUCAUAAUCAGCUCUUAGAAAAACAGAGAAUAGCCGAAGAGAAAAUUAAGGAAUUAGAGCAGAAGAAGUCGUACCUGGAACGGAGCGUGAAGGAAGCUGAAGACAACAUCCGGGAAAUGCUGAUGGCCCGAAGGGCGCAGUAGCUGUGCAGUUCCCCUAGGGCGUCCUGCAACACCCUCUGGAUGUUUUUGGGCAGCUCUGCGUGCUCGCUGCUCACC